AUGGUCACGCAAAGACUUGGGCUUCAGAUUUUUCCGUCUUCCCAUCACUUCCUCGGUGCAGGCCAGACCAGACCAGCCCUUUUUACAGGUUUGAGCGCACCCUCUAUCCCCGAUGAUAGCCCCGACAAGACCAUCUCAAACGGGAAGAUGUCUUCUUCAUUCCUUUCACCCAUGGAAUUCGAUGUCACGCGAUCUGCGGCGUUGGAUGAUGUUCUUCCGACUAGACUGUUCAGCAAGAAAUCUGUCCCGACUAGCUCUGCGCUCCUUCUCAACUCUGAGCGUUGCCGACAGCUUGGAACCAGUUCCGCACUGAAUCCGGUGGCGAGCUCUGGUUCUCGAGUCGGUGACCUGACCUUCUUGACUCUGGAGAUUGUUUUCCGAAGGCUUGUCACCCCACCUCUUUUCCUGCACGCAACUUGCCAAAAUCUGGGGUUCUUCCUGGGGAAAAGAGGGGGGGAAGAUGAACAGCAAGAAAGACUUAGCGCGUCGACCAACGUGCCAAGAGUCCCGACGCCAAGGGGACGCUGGGACGCUGGGACGCUGGGACGCUGGGACGCUGGGACGCAUGAUGCCCCGUUGAAUGGGGCGGCCACAAUCCAGAUGAACAGUCGCCUUCACCUGAGACUUGGUCUCAAAGGGCCUCAACGCUACCAAGUACAAAGUGCAAACCGCGGCUCCGGCAAUUGGAGCGGCGGGAACGUGCAGCAUGGCCUCGAGCUCGUUCUCAUAAAGAUGGCCUGUCUGCACAGAGGGUCUGCACAGAGGGCAAGGCUGAGAAGCGGUCUACUUGAACAACAAACCCUUCUCAAGUUCAGCUAG